GACAUCACAUUGCCUCCACCUCCCUCCCUGAUAGAAGAGAGAAAGAAGAAGAAGAUUCUAGAAGUCACCAGAGAGAUCACUGAGCUGCUGACAGGAGAGGUUCCUAUAAGGUGUCAGGGUGUCACUGUCUAUUUCUCCAUGGAGGAGUGGGAGUAUUUAGAAGGACACAAGGAUCUCUACAAGGACGUCAUGAUGGACAAUCAGCCGCCCCUCACAUCACCGGAUGGAUCCAGUCAUGGGAACCCACCAGAGAGAUGUCCCCGUCCUCUGUAUUCCCGGGAUUCCACACAGGAAGGUCACACCAUCCCUCACCAUCAUCAGAGUGGAAUCCUCGGGGAUGAGAAUAUUGAUGUUAAAGAAGAGUAUAAAGAGGAGGAUGAGGAGUAUGGAGUGAUGGAGGAGUUUUCAGAAGGACACAAGGAGAUGAUGGAGCCACCUAAUACCAGGAACCCCCAGAGAGAUGUCCCCGUCCUCUGUAUUCCUGGGAUUCCACACAGGAAGGUCACACCAUCCCUCACCAUCAUCAGAGUGGAAACCUGAGAGAUCCUAAAGUUGAGGUUAAAGAAGAGAUAAAAGAGGAGGAGGAUGAGGAUGGGGGGAUGGAGGAGUCAGAGCUUCUAAAAGAACACAAAGAUCUGUACCAGGACACCAUGGUGGAGUCAUCCAGCUACAGGAACCCACCACAGAGAUGUCCCCGUCCUCUCUAUUCCCGGGAAUUCCACACAGGAAGGUCACACCAUCCCUCACUAUUACAAGAGUGGAGAUCCAAUCGAUAUAGAAUUUGAGGUUAAAGCAGAAGAAGAGAGUGUAUGUGAGGGAUGAUCAGCAGUCUAUGGAGGAGGAUGGAAUAAUGAGGCUAAUUAUAGAGGAGGACACUCCUACAGAGAUCAGCACAGGUGGGUCAUGAACAAUAAA